AUUUUCUCAUUCAGUCUUAGAAAUUUCAACCGGCCAGACCGGACUCUAAAUCUUACCGUAAAAAAGUUAACUAAAAUUCAAAAUUUUACAAACAUAUGGUGAAAUAAGAUUUUGUAAACAAAAUCAUUUGUAUAUAUCUAGAAUCAUGCAGCGUUCGUCUUAUCCUCUACGCCACAUUGUGCGACCCAGCUUGACUGGGCUUUUAGGCGGCGGAUGGAUUGACCUCCGAAGGACUAUGGCCUCAGAUUCGUGGGGACGGGGUGACGGCAAUAGCGAUCCCAAUUCGUCAAAGGCUGGCGUUCCGCGUGCCAGUGCCACAUCGACGGUGAUGAGUAAUGCCAGCUCCUACUCGCGUGGCGCUAACACUGGUGCUUUCGAGCGACGCAUCAAUCGGGAGGAUAAUAUGUGGAGGGAUCAGAGCUAUAUCGAUACACAAUGGUUAAAUCCUCGCGAUCCCACUGCCUAUCGACCGAAUUUCCGUCCAACAGAGCCGACAUCGUUGCGCAAGCAGUUCAUGCGCUGUCCGGAUGAAAUAUCCCGUGAGGUGAUGGGUCGGGAUUGGGAGGAAACGGUCAGGACCUAUAAACGCAACGUCCGGAGCAGACGCAGUGUGGCGCAUACAGAGGAGCGGCAAUCUGCGGAUAACACACGUAAUCGCCAGCAACAUUUGCAAUUGCUGCACAUGCAACACCAACAAGAGCAGCAACAAAACCAACAGCAACAACAGAAGAAAAAUCAGCAGCAGUACAACCAUUGGGGCAGGAGUGUGGAUUCCCCCGAGGAUCAAUAAUUACGGCCCGAGAUCAAUAGACUUCAGCCUAAUUCCCCCAAUAUAUCACACUUAUAUAUAUAUAUAAUAUAUAUAUGUGUGUAUAUCCCAGUCAAGCAGAGUUGAACUCCUAACAGUGAUUCAUAUCUUAAUUCCGUCAGAGUUAACAUUUGUUAAGCUUGUUCAGAUGUUGAUAGCAAAAGUUGAAUGCUUGCACAACGAGAUUCUAUCAUGUAAAUCGAAUCACAUGAUCAAAGAUAUGAUUUUUGGAAAUAUAUAAAUCUUA